UGACAGCUUCUUCAGCUGAAGAUGUCCAAUAAUGGUAUUGAAACAGAAGACAAACCUCCUGCCCCGCCAAUGAGAAACACCAGCACUAUGAUCGGAUCUGGAAGCAAAGACACCGGCUCUUUAAACCACGGCUCGAAGCCUUUGCCUCCCAAUCCUGAAGAAAAGAAAAAGAGAGACCGAUUUUACCGAUCAAUCUUACCGGGAGAUAAAACCAAUAAGAAGAAGGAGAAAGAACGACCAGAGAUAUCCCUCCCUUCAGAUUUCGAGCACACGAUUCACGUUGGGUUUGAUGCUGUCACGGGAGAAUUCACGGGUAUGCCAGAGCAAUGGGCUCGGUUACUGCAGACAUCAAACAUCACCAAAUCGGAGCAGAAGAAAAAUCCCCAAGCUGUGCUCGAUGUGCUCGAAUUUUACAACUCCAAGAAGAUCUCCAACAGCCAGAAGUACAUGAGUUUCACGGAUAAAUCUGCAGAAGAUUAUAAUUCAUCAAAUACAGUGAAUGUGAAGGCGAGUGUGUCCGAGACCCCUGCGGUACCACCAGUCUCAGAAGAUGAAGAUGAUGAGGAUGAUGCUGCUCCACCCCCAGUAAUAGCUCCACGUCCCGAGCACACAAAAUCGAUAUACACUCGCUCCGUCAUAGAGCCCCUUCCUCCGCCACCCACCAGAGAUGUGGCCACCUCUCCAAUCUCCUCGCCCUCUGAAAACAGCACGACCCUGCCUGACACGCAGACGAGGAACGCAGAGAAACAGAAGAAAAAACCAAAAAUGUCAGACGAAGAGAUCCUGGAAAAAUUAAGAAGCAUUGUGAGCGUGGGUGACCCCAAGAAGAAAUACACGCGCUUUGAAAAGAUUGGACAAGGAGCCUCAGGCACAGUUUAUACUGCAAUGGAUGUAGCUACGGGACAGGAGGUUGCAAUCAAACAGAUGAAUUUGCAGCAGCAGCCCAAGAAAGAGCUGAUCAUCAAUGAAAUCCUCGUCAUGAGGGAAAAUAAAAACCCCAACAUUGUCAACUACCUGGACAGUUACCUUGUAGGAGAUGAGCUGUGGGUAGUUAUGGAGUAUUUGGCAGGAGGCUCCCUCACAGAUGUUGUAACGGAGACCUGCAUGGAUGAAGGACAAAUAGCAGCAGUGUGCCGAGAGUGUCUUCAGGCUCUCGAAUUCCUGCAUUCAAGUCAAGUCAUUCACCGGGACAUCAAAAGUGACAACAUACUGCUUGGCAUGGAUGGCUCUGUCAAACUAAGUAUGCAUAAGGGAGCUUGGGUGAUGGCUUUAAUUAUCAGGCCGCAAAUUAAAAUGUGUAUUGUCUUCUUGAUGCAUGGGGGUGGUACAAGGAGUAUAUCAUUAAUAUUUGUCAAGUACUUCACCACUGUGCAGACCAUAGACAUGUUUAUGAUGGUGGGAACACCGUACUGGAUGGCUCCUGAGGUGGUGACGCGGAAAGCUUAUGGCUCCAAAGUGGACAUCUGGUCUCUGGGCAUCAUGGCUAUCGAAAUGAUCGAGGGCGAGCCCCCGUAUCUCAACGAGAACCCUCUGAGAGCCCUGUAUCUCAUCGCUACCAAUGGCACCCCAGAGCUGCAGAACCCAGAAAAGCUGUCGCCCAUAUUCAGAGACUUCCUGAACCGCUGCCUGGAGAUGGACGUGGAGAAGAGGGGCUCUGCUAAAGAACUGCUGCAGCACCAAUUCCUGAAGAUCGCAAAACCCCUUGCUAGUCUGACGCCCCUGAUUACGGCAGCAAAGGAGGCAGCCAAGAACAGCCAUUAGAACAAAAUCCUUGUAGUCAUCGUGCCAAGCCUGUUAGAAGUUCAUUUCAAAGACUGAAUAUUUGCCCUCCUCCUUCUUCAGGAUGCACAAGACUUUUUGGCCCCGUGAGAACGGCUGGCAGAAGUAGUAUUUGUUGAAUGUUAAAGGGAUACUUGAUGGGGACGUUGUUGAUCUUAAGUAGCAAAUCAUCUUUCCUCCCUCUUGCUGGGAAAAGAAUAUUUUGUAUUGACAGGUGUUCAUGAAAACCUCUGAGCCUGACCUGACACGUAGCACAGCCAGUUUGUUUUCCUAUUUCUUAAUGUGUUUUAUUUUGAAAAACUAAUGUGGAGCCUUAGACCAUGUUUAUUUUAAUAAAUUAAAAUCUCUCGCUGGCUGGACUUCCUUCGCCUCUACCAAGCUCUGUUGUUCCACUACUGAGACUCCUGCAUGCUUUGGAUUACUUGAAAGAUGGAGCAGCCAGCAGAAACGGGAAUAGCUGUAGUCAUUGAAGGGGAUGCCAGAGCAUGCAACAUCCAGAUGCUGCUUCAUCCUGCCGGACACACCUGGAAGAGAGCUGAAAUAGUUUGAUAAGGCUUCCUGCUGCCACUGGAAGAUUUCAGUCAUGGGUAGCUUGUGUGCCAUGUCUUGUAAAUCAGCUUCUCAAUUACAUUAUCAUCUUUCACUUCUCAUCUCAGGUCCUGUAGACUCCAGUGCUCAGUGCUACCAGCUAAUAGAUUGUUUCUGAAACUAAACUUGCUGGCAAGCUACGGGAGACUGUGCCAAAGAAUGGGGCAGAGCUGCUUUAAAAUGACUUUAUUUGUAUAGCAAGGUUUGUUAGACAGAGCAUUGCCCUAGGUUGUAAAACAGUAAUACACUGGUUGCCAUUAUAAAGUCAACAUUUGCCUGCAGUUACCACAUGGUGUACUUGAGAAAGUAUUGUUUGUAGGCCAAGGAGAAACAGCCUUAUCUUGGAGGCUGCUGCCAUUAAGUACCCAUGAGGACAGUUUCUGAAGUGAGGGAGGGCCUUGUUUUCUUUAGCUGGAGGACUGACAGGGUGAAAUCCUCUGGCUGCCACAGUUUGUAAAGUAUCUGGUGACCUGGCUCUGCAUCUGAGUGGAGAUAUCUGUGUCCUGGGCUACAUUCAGCUGUACAUUGGUUUUAAUAAAAUGAUUGCUGCAUUUCUUAAUGUG